UGAUAGCACGCACGCGCAGUCCCGUCUUUUCUGCGCUCGCUCCUGUGCAUACUGGUACGUGGUCGCCGGCCUCGGGUUUCAAUCCCCAGGCAUGUCCCGCAGGGCCUUGAGGAGGCUGCGCGGGGAGCAGAGGGGCCAGGAGGAGCCGGGGGGCCCCGAAGACGCUGAGGAAGAGGAGGAAGUUCCACUAGCUGAGCCACGGAACAGGAAGAACCGUGGGAACCGCAAACUAUUGGAGGAACGCGGUCUGAGUAACCCAUUCCAGUUGAUUACUGACCAAGAUGAAGAUCAUCACAGUGAGCCAGACACAGCCCCAUCAGCUCAGUCCAGGCUGUCGGAUGAAGAGGAGCCAGAUCGAGAAGAGGCUCAGGAAAAUGGCAAAAGCGUUUCCUCACAGGCUGCACCAAGUAACAAAACAAAGAGGAAGAAAAAGAAGAAAAAAACUAAAAAGACACCAACGGAUAGUCAGCUAGAUGGCAGCACAGAGAGUAAAGAUGAGCUGGGAGAUAUUGACAGCAUUCUGGAGAGGAUAGAGAGUACCAAUGGCUUUACCUUCCAGGGACAAUCCACUGGUAACACUGACAGCCGGCCUUUACUCUACGUGGAGCACAGAAAUUUGAAUCCAGAAACUGAACUGAAAAAAUAUUUUGGAUCACGCGCUGUGAUGGGAGAUCAGAGGCUUAGGCAGAGACAGCGACCACAUCACAGAAGCACCUGGCUGACGUCUCCAAAGAACACAUGGCCAAGAUACAGUAAAACAGGCAUCACUAUGAGCCUUUUAGAGACCAAACGUGGGGUCCAGUAUUUCACAUUCGAGCACCAGCGAGAUUACCAGCAAGUCCAGUUCAAGUUCCUAGAUGCUGUGGAGUCCAUGGAUCCCAACAACAUAGUGCUUCUCCUGCAAAUGAACCCGUACCAUGUAGACUCCUUACUGCAACUCAGUGAUGUGUGUCGACUCCAGGAAGACCAGGAAAUGGCCAGAGACUUGAUUGAAAGAGCUCUUUACAGUCUGGAAUGUGCAUUUCACCCUGUGUUCAGCCUUACCAGCGGGAGCUGCAGACUAGACUACCGCCGAUCGGAAAACAGAGGGUUUUACUUGGCCCUUUUCAAACACAUGUUGUCCCUGGAGAAGAGAGGCUGUCCAAGAACUGCCCUGGAGUACUGUAAACUUAUCCUCAGUCUGGACCCAGAUGAUGACCCCCUGUGUAUGCUGCUUCUCAUCGAUUACCUGUCUCUGCGUGCGCGGGAGUACAUGUUUCUCAGCAGGAUGUACGAGGAGUGGGAGGCCCACCGGAACCUAUCCCAGCUACCGAACUUUGCAUUCUCUGUUCCACUAGCAUUAUUGCAGUAUAGCCAGCAGGAUGAAGUAUCAGAAAAUGAGGAGAAAACAGCCUUUGACCGAGCGACAAACCUCAUACAGCAAGCACUCAUUAUGUUUCCAGGAGUUCUUUUACCACUUCUGGAUGCCUGCGGAGUUCAGCCCGAUAAUAUUGUAGCUUCUCAUUCAUUUUUUGGAACUGUUGCCCAACUAAGCCAGCCUGCAGCCUUGUCACAACUGAUCUCCCUGUAUGUGGGACGGUGUCACAGCCUGUGGAAGGAGCCUUCGGUUAUGUCCUGGCUGGAGCAGAACGUCAGUGAAGUUCUCCGCAUGGUGGACAAUAGCGAACCUAUUGUGAAAGAGUGCGAUAUGAGGAGGAAGAUUCGCUAUCAGAGCGCCCCCAGGAACAUCCAUCGUCAUGUCAUCUUGUCUGAGAUCAAGGGAGCAAACUCUGCACUGCCAGUGGAAGUGACGUCACAACCUGUACUCAGCUUCGACCCGUUACCUCCGCUGGAUUCUAUUGUGUCUUAUACAAGACCUGAAAGAACACAUCAACCAUCUAAUGAAGGAACUCUUUCUCUGUUCUUUAGAUCUCUAUUGCCAAAUUUUAACUUGCAGGGGGAGGCUCUGCCGGAGGGAGAGAACGCAGGUGCUGCUCAGGAUUUGAAUCGAGGUGUGAACCGGCUCAUGGCAGCCAUGCGGGACAUGCUAGCAAAUAUCCAGUUUCAGGAACCCCCGAGAGAAGACAAUCCAGAUGAGGAAGUAGAUGGGGAAUGGGACUGACUUUUUCCCCUUUUCUAGCACACUUGUUAAAUAGUGAACCUGUCAUGACAAAAAUUAUUGGUGCCAUUCCCAACUCCUUUUUGAAGAUGCUGGUUCCCUAGUUUUCUUGCUCAUCCUAUAGCUUCAUUAAUUGUCAUUUGGCUGCAACCAGUAUGUUUCCAGUGAAGUCUUAACUUUUGAGCUCUGUCCUUGUAAUUUGUCAUGGAGUCAAUUUGACACACCGCCAGAGGAUGAGAAU